AUGGCCCCGGCGGCCCCCGUGCCUCAACUGGCUGAGCGUGCGGAGGCCUCGCGCUGCCGGCAGGAACCCGGACGGCGCCGCCGCGCCCUGGUUGCUUCGUCCGAAACGCCACCGGAGACCCCGAGCGGCGACCCUCGACAUCGCCCGUGCUCAGAUGCUACAGCUGCCACUGCCCCAGUCCCUACAGCAGAGGUUGGUGCUUCUCAGGAGGAUGAGCAGGUGUUUGAACCAGCUGAUACGUUGCCCUCCCGGAGCGAGGCAGCCGCAGUGCAGCCCGUCAUUGGGAUCAGUCAGAGAGUGCAGAUGAACUCCAAAGAAAAGAAGGACUUAGGGACACUAGGGUAUGUGCUGGGGCUGAUCAUGAUGGUGAUAAUCAUUGCCAUCGGAGCUGGUAUUGUCCUGGGAUACAUCUAUAAGAGGGGGAAAGACCUGAAGGAGAAGCACGAGCAGAAGGUGUACGAGCGGGAGAUGCAGCGCAUCACGCUGCCCCUGUCCGCCUUCACCAACCCCGCGUGCGAGCUGGUGGAGGAGAACACCAUCGUGGUGCACACCACCCAGACCCCCGGGGAGGACACGGGCAGCGGCCCCCUCAUGGGGCAGGCGGGGACUCCUGGUGCCUGAGUGGCUCGGGCAGGAUGUGCAGGCUGAGCAAAGCCUCCAGCUUCCCACUGUGAGUGCAGGGGGUGCGUGUGUUCAUUUCUGUUUUGUUUUCUUUUCGAUGAACGCCGGCUGAGGGUGACAGAGGAGCAGAGCAAUGGGCUAUUCAUCACCAUCUGUUGGAGGGGCACCAUUCAGUGCAGGACUGCCUGGGGACUGGUGUGGUGGACCCUGCUGCUUCCUCCCACCUAUCUCCAUGGUGUGCCAAGGAGCUGGGGGGGAUGAUGAGCCAGGCUCACGACUGGCCACAGAUCCCAUAGCCCAGAGUGUGGUCUUGGCUUCCUCUUUUUCUGUUCCUUUCCUAUUUAA